AUGACGGUGUCACAGUUUUCUAUGCAUGGUAUUAUUAAGUUAUUGUUUGUGUUGCAACAUAAGAUUGAUUUAGAAAACAAGAUGAAGAACACUGAGAUAAAGAAGAUAGAGAACACGGGAGCUAGAAGGGUAACUUUCUGCAAAAGAAAAAAAGGGAUUUUCAAGAAAACUGAAGAGCUUUCUGUGCUUUGUGACGCUGAUGUUGCACUCAUCAUCAUAGACUCUACUGGACAACUCUUUCAAUAUGCUAGUUCGAGAAUGAAUGAUAUACUUGAAAGGCAUAGUUUAUACUUGAAGAAUCUCCCGGAGAAGGAACAAACAUCUGCCGAUAAAAAGAAACAAACAUCUGCUCAGGUACAGAGCAACCACAAAGUGAAUAUUAAGAACAAUCCAUUAAGGGAGAUAAGAGGAGAAAUUCUUGAAGGCAUGAGUAAAGAAGAAUUAGAGCAGUUAGAGAAAUCUCUUGAAAAUAAACUAAGUCGUCUAGUAAAAAAGAAGAGUGAGAUGAUUAUGAUAGAAAUUGAGACUUUACAACAAAAGGAGAUGCGACUAAUGAAAGAAAACAUUAGACUAAAACAACAGGUGAAAGUUCCAUUUAUCUCUAUUCUCGAUUUCUUUUAUUUUUUCUACAUUUUGUUUUUGUAUUGCAUUUAG